GUUACAGUUGAACUUCACUGGGACCUGGGGAGACCCCCACUACCUGGGACUGACCGGACUGGAGGUGCUGGGCUGGGAAGGAGAUCCUCUGACUCUCAGUCCCAGGAUGGUCAGUGCCACCCCUCGGGACAUCACAGUCCUUCCAGGUUAUGAAGACGACACCCGGACACUGGAUAAGUUGGUGGAUGGCUGCAAUGUGACCACAGGAGACGAGCACAUGUGGUUGAUACCAUUUAACGAGGGGGACGGCCAUGUCCUGACCAUUGACCUUGGCCAGCCACAGUACCUGACAGGACUGAGGUUUUGGAACUACAACAAGAGUCGUGAGGACACUUACAGAGGG